CUUACAGGCGUGAGCGAGAGUGCGAGCUAUGGAGGCGCGUCAGCCGAGUUCGAGUACACUGAGUACACUGACGACGAAGCGCCAUAUUUCCUGUCGCGGUCUCAGACCUUCACUGUCGAAGUCGGCCAGUCCAUCAUGAUCCCUUGUGACGUCGCCAACCAAGGAGAGCACAAGCUCGUCAUGAGUCGCAUUGAUGCGUCAGGCAAGAAGCAUCUGGUGAGCGCAGGCGGCGUGAAGCUCGUGCGUACGCAGCGCCUCAAAGUCGAGCGCACGAAGCUCACCAUCCUGAACGCCCGGCGUCAGGACGCGGGACUCUACAGCUGCUCCUUCCCCACCGCUGAAGGCGUUGUAUUGCAGCACAGCUUGGACGUACAGUUCCCGCCUAGGAUCAAUUCCUCGAACCCCGCCAUCCAGCACGUGGCUAAAGGCAACUCGGUGACCCUGGCCUGCCAAGCAGAAGGCAACCCUCCGCCCGUCAUUGUGUGGUCGUACGAGGGAGGAGUCCUGCCUUCAGGAGCUAUGUCAGAAAAGGGACAAAGUAUGACCCUAGAGGGCGUCGACCGACACGUCGAAGGUACCUACAUUUGCACCGCAGAGAACGGCAUCGGCGAGCCAUCAUCAGCCAGGAUGAAGGUCGUCGUCGAGUAUCCCCCGGAAAUCAUCACUGAAAAGGCGAUAGUGCGCACUGGUGCGGGCGACCAGGUGGAGCUGGUGUGUCUGGUGCGCGGCCGCCCAAGCCCUCGUGUCUCGUGGACGCGCGACGGUCAGCCCGUUCGGACUGGAUGGAUGCUAGAGGGGCAGUAUUACGUGGGCCGAAUCAGACAUCAGAGAAGGGCGCAGCCAUGCCUGCCGCGACAGCCGCGCUUCACGAGCGCCCCAGCGGGCGGGGAGGUGAACUCCUACACCCUCACCUGGGAGACCGACAGCUACUACCCCAUCAUCGCCUACAGACUCGCCCUCCGCAAAGCACAGGCAAAUGGAUCAACAGAAUCUGACCAGGACUGGCAAGACGUGUACCGUCAGGUCGAUGUUGAGACGAUGACAGAGAACACUCACCGCGUCAUGGCACACACGCUCACCAACCUGGACGUUGCUACGGACUACGAAGCGAUCAUUAAAGUGAAGAACAACUACGGCUGGUCCAGCGACUCCGACAGGUUCUCCUUUGCCACAAAGAAAGCGCUGGCCGUGCAGCAGUCGACAGGCCGCGCGUCGGCCGGCAUCAUGCACAGCAGCUCCUGCUCUGCGACGGCGCUGCUGUUGCUGCUGCUCUGGGCGGGGGCGCGCAGACUGCUCUGGUAAUGCUGUUCUUGAUUCCAUGCUGUAAUAUACGUAGGAAAUUCCAUCAAGCAAUCGACCGUCGUUAAUGUGACUCUCAUCGCUUCUCUAAAAGGAGAAUUGUUAACAUUUUUGGUGUCUCUACCGUGACCAAGCUAUGGCUUAUUUGUCUGUCAUUUUGGAUUGCUGGGAAAAAUGAUCUUUAUGUGGAAUCAUAGAUGUAAUUAUUAUUAUACUAUAUAUUGAUUUCCAAGCCCUUCGUCGUAUCGGUGUUUCUAGUGAUCAGUCGUACAAACUUAAUCAUGGGUAUCAUAUUUUGAACAGUAAUUCAAAGUUAAUAUUUUCCUGUCAUUUUCUUACAAUAAUUAUCCUAAGUUCCGGGAAGAACUUAUUUUGAAACUAUGAUAAAAAUCUUAAUGAUUCCGUAAAAUCUAUUAAAGUAAUUGUAGUCGCUGGACAGCUUUCAGUUGCUGUUUUACUUAAAAAAAUAUUGGCUCCGGCAAACAAAUUCUCCAUUAAAAAUUCACGCAUCUUGAGUGGCGACUAAGUUGUCUUGACAAUCUUAAAGCUCGACAAUCUUCUUAGAGCUCCAUCGACUCCUUUAUUGACGAGCCACAGUCGUUAACAUCAAAGGAAUAUGUAUUUUUAAGGCUUCCGGCAAAACUUGAGUGGUACAAUGCAUCUCAACUUCAUCGUCGAUGUAAUUUUGAAUUUUGUGCUCACAAUUUCAGCAAUUUAGAUCUUAAAUAACAUCAUAUGUGUGAGUCUAGAUGUUGGAAAUAAUUAUCCUUCGUUCAUAUAAUUCUUGGUACGAAUGUAAUAUGAACUUAAUCAUGAUGUGUACGGAAAUCAGAAGCUUGUCUUCAAGAAUACGAGCUUAUUGCUCUUCUCCAAAUAACCAUAUUAAAUGUCAUCUCUGUGGCGAUCCUACAAUGAGUUCAUUAAAGGAUUGUCACAACAUCGUCAUUUAGAACAGAACGAACGAUUACUGAGUAUUGUUGUAAACUGGAAUUUGGAAUUCGAUAUCUCUGCUUGGAAGCUGUUUGACAAUGCAACUGCCCAUUAGAAUUGUUUUUGCGCAGCAUUUAAUUAUAUCAUGUAAAGAGUGAUUAGCUUUAAGACUUUAUCGAGGCACUCAUCGCUUUGCUCGUAGAGUAAAACUAUUUUUCUAUUACAAUGCAUAUUGGCUGCCUUAUGGAUAGUCAUGCGUGCAUUUACUAGGCCCUCAUCCAGCAGUCUUUAGAUUCAUUUUAGGUCCAUUCAUCGUGACUAUCGUGUAAGUUUUUCACUACAUCCAAUCUAUUUUUAUCCAAUUGUGAUUGUUUCAUUUGUAAAUAAUUUAUAAUCACACGUACUAAGCUAGAUUUUAAUCUCAAUUAAUGUACUUUAAAUUUUCAAGAAUUAAGCGUUUGUUAAUAUCAACGUGUCACCUUGCAUCUAUGAAAAUUUAUUUUCAGAUUUUUAAAUGCCAUUUUUGCAGCAUCCGAAAGAAAUGACCGUCUAAAUUUUUCGAAUGAUAAACGUUCCUAAUGUUCUUGAAUCCAAGUUGUUCCUGGGAGAAUUAAUUUUAUUUUAACUUCUAUGCGGCUCGCAUAUACGGUCAGUCCCAAAAUAUGAUUCUCAUUCAAUGCGUUUGCAUGUAGUGAAAUGUCUCCUUCAUUUUCAACAAGUCUGAUUCCUCCAUGAGUGACCAUAAAUAUAUUUAUCAUAAUCAAUUUAAAUAUUCAAAGCGCCAUUUUGACACGCUGCUUACAAAAUUGGUCCUAAAGUAUUCUACAUGUUGCCAUUGAUACAAAAAAUUACAACAUUAUUGACCAUGAAGUUCCGAACUGUCAAAUUAGUUGAGUUUUGUACGCAGAAACUUAGCCUUUCGACUGAUAAACUUGAUUCUAUAUUUCUGAUGAAAACGAUGGUUAAUCUAGAAUUAAAUAUUUUUGGGUAGUCUAUGAGUUAAAUUGGAAUGUUAAUAUAAGUACAAUAACCACGAUACACUUAAAUUAACAAAUUUGCUAACUACAUAUCAAUCGUCCUGAGAAAAUGAAUCCCUUAUUGCCAUUGAAAACAUUCUGUUGUCAAAUGAUAUUUCCUCCUUGUACUCUAAGUAUUUCAUAUUGUAGUGAAAUGUACAAAAUGCGUCUAGAAUUAAGAAUUCGUACGACGGUACUGUGUUAGUCAGUAGAGCAUCCUGACGUUGCUCUCUAGUCAACAUCUCGAUUUGUACAGUAAAUGUACUUUUAAAUUUCCAUUUCUGAAUUUCGGGUGACAUUUUUCUAUGGAAGGCAGGCAGAGUGUAUUUCCUGGAAUCGUUUCAUUGUCGAUUGAAAUCGAUACAUAUUUUGCGCAUUAAUUUCUAUUUAAAAAUUGCAACUUAUUAAAAUUUAAAAGUUAAUUUUAUAACAUAGCGAUAAAAGAAUGAAAUUUCUUUGUAUUCUUCUGCACAGCACAUAUAGGAACAAAUUUCUUAAUCAUUUACUAUCCUGUCCGAAUCAAUUUUCUAACAUAAUUGCGUGUUAGAGAUAAUCAAAAGCAUUUCGAUUAUUUCCAAGAUAUUAGGUUUAUUAUAUGUUUGUUUGAAUAAUAGUCUUUAUUUCGAAACUUAAUUGCCCUGUGAGUGAACAAUAGUUGAAUAGAAUACUUCACCUUUGCCUCUCAUUGUAAGAGAAAGAUAACGCUGUAAUAUGAUGCGAAUGUAAUGAAUGUUUCGCGAGCAACUCCUUAAAUGAACACUCGAUUAUAAAAGUUCCAACAUCUGUGGAAACUUUUUAGUAAACUCAAGAGCAAGCUUUUGGAAUUCGAAUAUUUGCUUACGGAAUUCACGCGUUUGCUUAAAAAUCGGAGCAAAAACAUUGUUGAAUUAUUAAAUUAUUGAUAUGAAGUAACGUUUCGGGUACAUUUGAGGAUAGCAAUCAUACCAAAAAGAUGCAAGAUUUUGAGAUUAUUAAUAACUCAUUAUAGUCAUAAGGAUUUGAUGUCUUUUUCGUAUGAAUGUAUAAAUAAAUGUUCAAAAAUUCA